CAUUUUGCAACGGCUUGUAAACAAACUCUCUUCAGUCAAUUGAUACAAUCCUUAAUUGAAAUAACUACAAAAUCGCUUGCUUAUCUACCCAAAUGAGCCUGAUAACUACAGACCCACAUUAGUUCGGGCACAGUGAAGUUCAGAUUAACUACCAUGGAUCGGGCCAGUCUAUAUUUCAUGAGCAAAGAUGAUAAGAACACUUUCGACUUUGACGAGACGCUGCCCUCGCUUCCUCUACCGGAUCUAAAGGACACCUUGGAGCGCUAUUACGCCUGCAUCCAGCCAUUUGGGUCCAAGGAAGAGUUGGCUCAGGCACGAAAGACUAUCGAUGAGUUCCAAAAUGGAGUGGGAGCCGAGCUCCACGAGCAGCUUAAGAAACGGGCGGCCAGCAUGAGGAACUGGUUGGGGACUUGGUGGGAGGACUACGGAUACCACUUGCUUCGAAUGCCGCUCCUGCCCUACCAACUCAUGGUAAUGGCCGCUCAGUUGGAGAUGGUGGGUGUUCCGGAGACCCCGGAAUACAUGCUCAAGAGUUUAGCUCGGCAUAUUCACCAUACGCUUGAGUUUUGGGAUCUAACUCGGAAGUCCAGCAUCAAGCCGCUCUCCUCGAACGGAGGAAAAAUUAAGUACUCCUCCGCGCUAUACAAGCGCUUUUUCUCCACGUGCCGUGUUCCAGGCGAGGAGCAGGACCACAUCGAGAAGCAUUUCCUUACCAAGGAUGAGGGCAAGACGCCCAGUCAUGUGCUGAUCUCCGGCAAAGGACGCCAAUUCUUCCUCGACUGUGUACACGAAGACGACACUAUCCUGACGGCUCCCGAGAUCUUGGUGGCGCUGCAGCGGCUGCGCAGCAUUCUAGAUUAUGAGCCGGUGGGUGACUGCGUCCCCACCCUGACCCAUGAUGACCGAACGUCGUGGGCUCGCAAUCGGUACCGGUUAAGGGAGAUCUCGGAGGCCAACAAGGAGACGCUGCUGCUCGUGGAAAGCUCCAGCAUUGAGUUUUGCUGGUAUGAGCAAUCGCCCAAGGACUACGAGGAGUCCUCACAGCUUGGUAUUUACGGUGACCUGCAUUCCCGCUGGGCAGAUCGAAGCAGCAGCAUCAUUGCCUUCCGCAACGGACGCUCCAACUGGGUGGGCGAGCACAGCUGCUACGAUGGCACUGUCAGCAUUAGUUUCGCCACCUUUAUGCAGCUGAGCUUCUUGGAGGUCCCGGAGCCUGACUGGUCAGAGGCCGAGCACUGCAAAGUGGCGGAGAUAAAGGAGCUAAAGUUCGAGUUGGACGACUCCCUCAAGAGCGAGAUUAAGCGCGUUCAGAAGGUUUUAGACGAUAGGGGCAUUGAUGUUACAACGACGUUCACUGUAUUCGAUGACUACGGCAAGGAGUUUAUGAAAAGCCACCGUCUCCAUCCGGAUUCCUUUGUCCAGGUGGUCAUGCAAUGGGCCUAUUACCAAAUGCAUAACGAAAUUGCUCCCACGUAUGAGACCGCUCUGAUGCGACAGUACUACAAUGGGCGAACGGAGACACUGCGAUCCUGCACCGGUGCAGUGGCCGAAUUUCUUAACGCCUCUUCCAACAAGCAAGUCGGUGAUAUGUCAUUGGCCAGGGCUUUUCGCAAAGCCGUCGAUGAGCACAAGCACUUUAUGAACGAGGCGCGCAAGGGACAUGGCAUCGAUAGACACUUGUUUGGCUUGUGGUGUGCGGCAUACGAAAACAAAAUGGACAUUCCCGCCUUUUACGAUGAUCCCUUGUACACUAAAAGUGGCGGUGGGGGCAACUUUGUGCUCUCUUCCAGCACUUUAGGCUUCACAGCCAACGUGGGCUUUGUGGCUCCCAUGCUCCUCGAUGGCUACGGCGUCUUUUACUCCAUCACCUCUGAAGCUGUGUUCAUCAAUACAACUGCCUAUCGGGAUAGCAUCAAGACGAGCGCCCGCAAGUUCAACGACAUCUUUAAGGACUCAUUCCGGCGCAUUAGCGUUCUGCUGGAGGAGCUUGCCAAGGAGUCAAAGCUAUAAAAAGCUUAUUUUAGUAUUAGAAAGGAUUAAAUCUUACUUCAUAUUUUAAUUUAAACCUUAAUUCUCGACUUUGCAUCCGAUCAAACAGUUCAUUUUGCGUGCCUUUUAACUUUUUCACUUUCCAAUUUAACCCACCUUUGAUCGGAAAUUAAUUGAGAACUUGGCCGUUUGUAGGUAGUUUGUAAGCUAUUGUGUAAACACAGGGUGUUCAGCAUUCCAAAGUUAAAAGCUUCGUGUUAAACGUUUAUUUAAAUUCAAUGUUCGAUUAGUUUAUGCAAAUACAUUUCUCUCGGUAA